CGGGUACAUACUGACUGACACCCAAGUCAACUCGUCGUGACGUGGGGACGCGUUAUUUGUCUCUGUUAGUCGUUGGCAAUGAAGCUUUCCUGACUUUCUACGCAGUCAGUGAGUCAGCUUUGUGGCCAGGUUGCGAUCUUAAUGUCAUGGGCAACUCCCAAAUUACCGUGGAAUUGUGCGAUCAAGGACACCCGACCUACAUCAUCGCUUUAGUCUCUCCUGGCCAUCGGCCAACUUGCUCUGCUCCCUCAACAUCCACGUCCUACUUCAUCGGGGAUUCCAUUACGAACACCUUUCUUAGAAGAGGCCGCAUGUGACGUUUCGUGGAUAUAUAUACACAGGUGGAGUCCACUGGCCUGAACUGGCGGCACUAGUACGAUGGCUCCAACUUCCGACCUCCCCACCUUCGACCAGCUCGGUGCACAAAUUCCUGACAAUCUGGAUGCUGGAUCUGUCGCAGCGGAAUGGUUCAAGUCGUUCUCAAAGUAUGCGGCAGCUGGCAAUGGUCAAGAGAUAGCAGCUCUCUUCGCUGCAGACUCGUACUGGCGGGACUUAUUGGCACUCACAUGGGAUUUCCGCACUUUCCACGGUCCCGCGUUGCGUCAGUUCCUGUCUGAGCGGCUUCCCACAGUGAAGAUGUCCGCGUUCGCGCUCUCGGAUGAACAUCUAUGCUUGAAACGACCGUUUCCGGAUAUGGCCUGGGUUGAGGCCAUGUUCAAGUUCGAAACCGACGUAGGGUAUGCAUCCGGUAUCCUGCGACUGAUUCCUCAAGCGGAUGGUGUAUGGAAAGCUUAUUGCAUGUUCACGAAUCUGGAGGCUCUCAAGGGAUUCCCCGAAAAGAUCGGCCCUUUGCGAAAUCCUGAGCCGGAACACGGAAAGUGGGAGGAACGGCGCCAACAAGAGAUUGCUUUCGAGACCACCAAUCCGACAGUUCUUGUCAUAGGCUCCGGACAAAGUGGAUUGGGACUCGCUGCUCAUCUGCAGAAUCUUGAUGUCUCCGUGUUGGUGGUAGAGCAGAAUGAGAGAAUCGGAGACAAUUGGAGAAACCGAUACGACGCGCUUUGUCUCCACGAUCCUGUUUGGUAUGAUCACAUGCCAUACUUGCCGUUUCCGCCGACAUGGCCUGUGUACACACCAGCGAGAAAGAUGGCAAAUUGGUUAGAAUCGUACGCUGACGCUUUAGACAUCCCGGUGUGGACGUCAUCUGAAGUGACCGCCGCCACUCAAGAUUCUUCUCGAUCGUGGAAAGUGACGGUCAGGAACCGAGUUGGGGGAGAGAGGAUCUUAGAUGUGCAACAUCUCGUCUUUGCGACAGGGUUUGGGAGCUAUCGAGGAGCAUUGCCGACUUAUCCGGGCAUGGACACAUUCAAAGGCCAGCUACUUCACAGCUCGCAGCACAAGCGUGCCAGCGAUCAUAAAGGAAAGAAGGUGGUUGUGAUCGGUGCAUGUACUUCAGCGCAUGACAUCUGCGCUGACUACUACAAACAUGACAUCGAUGUUACAAUGUACCAACGCAGCUCGACGUACAUAAUGUCCACCAAGCACGGGUGGCCUAUUCUGAUGGGUGACCGGUACUCUGAAGAUGGACCGCCCACAGAAAUCGCAGAUAUCCAGACUGCUUCGGUCCCGAUGCAGGUCGUUGAAUUAAUGGCUCCCAGGAGGACAUUGAAAAUCGCGGAGGCUGAUAAAGACUUGAUCGAAGGACUGAAGAAAUGUGGGUUCAGACUGAAUCUUGGCUAUAAGGACUGUGGGUUCUCGCUCGCGGUAUGGGAACACGCUGGUGGAUAUUACAUAGGCCAGUAAACGAUGGCCGUGACGAUCUCCACCUGAUCACGAAAACAGACGUCGGAACAAGCCAACUGCUCAUUGACGGGAAGAUCAGACUCAAGAAUGACAGUCUCAUCGAAAGCUUCAGUGCGAGCGGACUUGUUUUUGAGAACGGGACAAGGCUAGAGGCAGACGUUGUCGUCUUUGCUACCGGAGUCGGCAAUGUGAGAGACAAUAUCUGCAGAGUUUGUGGUGAUCUUGUCGCCGAUCGAUGCAAGCCCAUCUGGGGACUGGAUGCUGAAGGAGAGGUGCGAGGAUGCUGGAGGGAUCUAGGUAUCCCGGGGCUUUGGUAUAUGAUGGGGAACUUGGCCUACAGCCGCUUCUAUUCGAAACAUCUCGCUCUCCAAAUCAAAGCGAUACAGGAGGGACUCUUCAAAGAGCGAUACAGUUUGGACAGAUAGAUGCUGCCGGUGCUAAUUCAUCCGGAAUCACCCAGAUAAAUUGAAAUACAUUUCUUUCUUCGCCUGUUCUCCUUGCCUAUGGCGUUCUAAGGAAUGGGACCAUUCAAGCUUCAAUUCGCCGGGAAUCGACCGAAAACGAGUGCCAGUACAUCAUCUGAACACGAAACAGAGAAUCCCUCCUUGUGGGAUGACCUCACCAACAACAUUGCGCGAUAUGUACUGAACAUAUUCUAUCCUGAAAACAACCCGACCUGCUCGUGCACCCCCAGGAAGUCCCUCGAUGGGCGGAUAGACAGAUUAACCGUAGAGCGUAGUAUCAGAAGAAGAAUAGGGCUGGAUCUAUAGAACGCAACUAACGACGUACAUGUAUCACACUAAUUAGUGAGCUUAUACCAUCUGCUGGCCUCG